CUACAACAAAGUCAUCAUCUCGUCGCCAUAUUGCGACGAACGCAGGCCGAGAGGAAGGCGAAAAUCACAAUUUCUUGGGAGUCAGUCACUCCCAAGACUUGAGCAAGUUUUUCUCGUCGUACUUCUUUCUUCAACUUCUGUAGACUGUGUUCAUCCAGAGAAUACAGACUUAUUUUGAAUCUGUUCGUAACAUAAUGGCUUGCUAAACUGGUCAACAUGUCUGGUGCGGUUGGUAACAUCGGAGUCUUCUCCGUCACUUCAACCAUCUACAUCACCUCUUCGGUGUAUGGAAAAUACCUCGGCGGCAGCCAUGGACAAGAAGGCACUUCCUGCACGAUGUCAGUUGCCUUCUGCUAAGAAUGGCUCCGAACCUCCUCUUAAAGAUUAUGGAAAAAAGUCCGGACCUCAGUAUGCUCGUAAGCGUGAAUAUGACCGUCCAGACCUUGGGAGGAAGCCGAUGGCCGGGCGCGGUGGGAGGUCGGGCCAGCGGUAUGUCCGUCCCAGGGAGAAGAUGGGUGGCCAGGUAGAACCUUCCUUAGAAACUUUGGAAGUUGGGUCACUUUAUCGAGCAGGAGGCAAGAAACAGAACAUCACACACCUGAUGAACUGGUGGGGUCCAGGCUAUCGAUCUCAGCAUUCACAUGGUGGUGAGCGUAAUUAUCAAGGCAGUGGAGCCAGAAUAAGGAGGUAUUCAAGCAAUGCUCCAAAAUAUAGUAAAGAACACUACCUGCAAGCAAACUGUCAGUUUGUUGUCCAGGAUGGGGAGGACUAUUCUGUAUACCUUGCCAGUGCAGAUCUGCUGGUUGAAUGGAAGCUUGUAGAAGAAGUGAGGGUGCACAUGUCUCAGGCUCCCUCUUGUCCAAUAUGUUUACAUCAUCCUACUGCUGCUAAAGUAACACGCUGUGGACAUAUCUACUGUUACCCAUGUAUGUUGCACUAUCUGGCACUGUCUGACGAAAACUGGAGAAAGUGUCCAAUAUGCUAUGAACCUGUUGAUAGAGAGGAUCUUAAAAGUGUUGUUGCUAUCUGUCACAAGGACUUUGGCACUGGGGAGGAGAUAGAACUCCAGUUGAUGCGUCGUGAACGGGAUUCUCUCUUGCCAAUGCCUGCUGCCUCAUUCUCUCCAAAGAUGAUUGAAGAUAUUCCUCGGAUUGGUGUGGUCACAGCUGCGACCCCGUACUCUAAGCUACUGCUGGCUUCCAAGGAAGAGGUCAAGAUUCACAUUUUGGACAGAGAACUUAGAGACCUCACUUCUCAACUAGUAGAAGAGGGUGAUCAGCCAGAAUCCUGCUUUAUUACUGAAGCACUGGCACUUUUGCAAUCAAGAAGAGAUGCUAUCAGUGCCUGCCAUGACACUUUGGAUACAGUGAAUCUGCCUGAAGGUGAAUUGGAAGCACUCACUCUUUCAAGCCCUGAGGAGCCCUCUUCUUGUGAAAGUCUUCCCUCAUCAGAAGAUCCUCUUAGUCCCUUAACCCCUGAUGACUGUAAGAUUCAGUCUCUUGGUGAAUUUGGGUGUGCUACAGGGGAAGAAGUGUUAUCUUGUGCCUCCGAAAUAACCACUGAAGUCCCAACUGUUACAGUAGAUGACCUCGACAUAUCGCAUCUGCAGCCUUGCAGUCUUGGUUCCAAAGGUGGUCAGGGUCCAAAAAAUGCUCCCAAGUCAACUUUCUUCUUUUACCAAGCAAGUAAUGGAGCUCAGAUCUAUUUGCAUUCAUUAAAUGUGAAAAUGCUUGUCCAAGAAUAUGGAUCAUUGGAGAACUGCCCCCCAAUAAUCAAAGCAAAGGUGCUAGAGAAAGAAACCACAACUAUGACAGAGGAGCUAAGGAAUCGUUUGCGGUACUUGAGACAUCUGCCAGUUGCAUGCUGCUUUGAUGUCGUAGAAGUAACACUGGGUCAGCCACUAUUAUCAAAGCUCACUGAAUCAAUGUUUCAGGAUCAAGUAGAGAUGAGGCAGAAAAAACGAAAUAAAAGAGCUCGAGAGGAAAGAAAAAUUGAGAAGCGUGUGCAGGCAGAGGAAGACAGAAUGCUGGGUCGUAGUAAAGGUGCAACAAACAUGAAAAUAGACUCUCUAACACAGUUUCCAGCAUUUACCGAUGACUUUCCAAGCAGUUCUGUGACAAUGGUGCCAGAGGCAGCAAAUCUUAGUAUGUCAGUUGGAAGUGAUAGCAGCACCAGCCCUACUUCUGAUUCUCUGUAUGGAUCAUCAGCAGACACUAAUGGAACAGGAGUAUCAUUUGCUCGAAUGAUUCGUGAGGGUCAAACAAAGCUUCCACAUUCACAAGGUGAACCAAAGACUAUCGGAAACUCUGGAACACUAUGGCCAUCACUUGGAGUCACUGGAGGUACAGGCAUUGGAAGGCAAAAUGGGCCUGUGACUACUGUGAGAAGUAAUUCAUCAAGCUCAUGGAAAAUGAAGCAUUCAGCAAGUUUUAGUGCUGCAACGGGACCUGCUUGCAGUGAGGCAGAUGGCAGUGAUGAAGAAAAUGAAGCUUUGGCUGUGCCAGAGUUCAAAAAUGCUUUUAGUGAUGCCAUUGCCCAGGCAUUAGAUGCAGCAGCAAAAAAUGCUGCCACUAAGAAUGGUGAAAUUGGUGCAUGUGGUAGUGUUGGCAAGAAAGGAAAAAAGAAGAAACAGAAACAGGUUUUGCUGUUUUCCUCUGGAGGAUUCAACUGAUGUCCAGAUGCAACAAUCACUGUUUGUAAUUGAGCUACAAGUUGCCAGAAUACGGUGUUUUUAUUUGCAUUAUGAUGUUUUUCCCAUUUUGUGCAGUCUGUUACUAUUCUCAGUUACCACCAAGCAACUUUGAUCAAUAAUUUUUUACAUUUUUGCUGUGAAGUUUUUCAUUUUCAAUGAUCAAGAAGCUCAUGAAACUAAAGAGAAAAAUACGUACAAGUGGUUCUAAUAGUUGGUGGUAUUCUGGGAAAAAGUGAAUGUCAAAUAUUUUACCUUAUGUCGUUUUAGUAUGCCAUCAUUGUAGUUUUAUUUCUCUAUAGAAAUGUUCUUCCUAUACUGAAUAUUGGUUUCUGUUUGAGUAUAGCUUACUAAGUGCUUUGUCCAAUAGAAGUACACUACUCUAUGAUAUUAUUUAACUAAAGUGCUGCCAGUACCAUGAGUGUCAACAUGAUUAUUUCUGUGGGUAUAGAGCUUCUUUUCAUGUCUUACCACAGUGUUACCUAAUCUCAGGAUGUCCUGUUUUUCUGUCUUUAUUAAACAUAAUACUACUGUAGAGAGAAGACAGUGAGUUAGGCAUCUGGUCAGUCUUUAGGUUCCACCUUUGUUAACAUUUGUUUGUGAUUUUUUUUACAAGUAUGCAAAUUAUUUUGUCAUUGCAAGAUCAAUUGGUAUUGUAAUCUGUGCUUUACUUGGAAAUGCAGCACAUGCUUUCCAUAGUCAAUAAAAAGAAUUCUGAAAAUA